AUGAAGAAGCAAUUCAACCGCAUGCGCCAGCUCGCCAACCAGACCGUGGGCAGAGCCGAGAAGACUGAGGUGCUGAGCGAAGAUCUGCUGCAGGUGGAGAAGCGGCUGGAGCUGGUGAAGCAGGUGUCCCACAGCACCCACAAGAAGCUGACUGCCUGUCUGCAGGGCCAGCAGGGCCUGGACGCCGACAAGCGCUCGAAGAAGCUGCCACUGACAACGCUGGCACAGUGUCUGAUGGAGGGAUCGACUGUGCUGGGGGAUGACUCCCUGCUGGGGAAGAUGCUGCGGCUGUGCGGGGAGGCUGAGGACAAACUGGCGCAGGAGCUCAUCCACUUUGAGCUGCAGGUGGAGAGGGACGUCAUCGAGCCGCUCUUUGUGCUGGCUGAGGUGGAAAUCCCAAAUAUCCAAAAGCAGAGGAAGCACUUAGCGAAGCUCGUGCUGGACAUGGACUCCUCCAGGACGAGGUGGCAGCAGUCGAUGAAGUCCUCGGGGCUGGCCAGCAACCUGCAACCCUCGGGCGCCAAGGCCGAUGCUCUAAGGGAGGAGAUGGAGGAGGCAGCCAACAGAGUGGAGAUCUGCAGGGACCAACUCUCGGCUGACAUGUACAAUUUUGUGGCCAAAGAAGUCGACUAUGCAAACUAUUUUCAAACUCUGAUCGAGGUGCAGGCCGAGUACCACCGCAAAUCCCUGGCGCUCCUGCAGAACUUCCUGCCACAGAUCAAAGCCCAGCAGGAGGCGUGGAUGGAGAAGCCUUCCUUUGGGAAGCCCCUGGAGGAGCACCUGGCUGUCAGCGGGCGGGAGAUCGCCUUCCCCGUGGAGGCCUGUGUGACCAUGCUGCUGGAAUGCGGGAUGCAGGAGGAGGGUCUCUUCCGAGUGGCUCCCUCGGCCUCCAAGCUGAAGAAGCUCAAGGCUGCCCUGGACUGCUGCGUGGUGGACGUGCAGGAGUACUCAGCUGACCCCCAUGCCAUCGCAGGAGCCCUCAAGUCCUACCUGCGGGAGCUGCCCGAGCCCCUCAUGACGUUUGAGCUGUACGAGGAGUGGAUCCAGGCCUCCAACAUCCCAGAACAGGAGAAACGGCUGCAGGCUCUCUGGAAUGCCUGCGAGAAGCUGCCCAAAGCCAACUACAACAACAUCAGGUAUGUGAUUAAAUUCCUGGCCAAGCUGACUGAGUACCAGGAUAUGAACAAAAUGACCCCGAGCAACGUGGCCAUCGUGCUGGGGCCCAACCUGCUGUGGCCACAGGACGAGGGGAACAUGACGGAGAUGAUGACGACAUUGUCACUGCAGAUCGUGGGCAUCAUCGAGCCGCUCAUCCAGCACGCAGACUGGUUCUUCCCGGGAGACAUCGAGUUCAAUGUGACUGGGAACUACGGCAGCCCCCUGCACGUGAACCACAACGCCAACUACAGCUCCAUGCCCUCGCCGGACAUGGACCACGGCGAGCGCCGGCAGCACGACCAGGCCCGGCGGCCCCUCAGCGUGGCCACCGACAACAUGAUGCUGGAGUUCUACAAGAAGGAUGGCCUUAGGAAAAUCCAAAGCAUGGGCGUCAGGGUGAUGGACACCUCGUGGGUGGCUCGCCGAGGCACCUCAGCGGGGCGCAAGGCGACCUCGGCCCCCCCGGCCGCGCAGCCCCCGGCCCCCCCCGCCGAGCUCCCCCCCACGCCCCACUCGCCCAUUCCCGAGCAGUCGCCAGAGAUUUCAGCAACGCCCUCCCCGCCUCCCACCAGCUUCGGCUUCCCCCCGGCAGCCGAGCGGACAAGCACUUUCAAGCCCCCGGAGCUGUCCCCGGGGCCGUCCCCCGCCCCCGCGGCCGAGCAGAGCCCGCAGUCGCUGCGCAAAGGGGCCAAGAAGCUGGCGCCCAUCCCUCCCCGGGCGGCGGCGGGGGAGGCGGCGGGGGGGCAGCCGUCCCCGGCCAGCCUGUCCCCGACCCCCCCCAGCACCCCGUCCCCGUACGGCCCCCCCGGAGCCCCUCCCGGAGCCUCGCCCGGAGCCGGGCCGCCCCCGCUGCUGCCGUCCCCCGCCGCCGCAGCCCCCCGGGCCCGGGCCGCUCCCAAAGCGCGGCCGCGCCCCGCGCUGCCCCCCCCGCCGCAGCCGCCCCCGGCCGCCCCCGCUCCCCCCCAGCCCCCGGAGCCGCCCCGCCUGGACACCGCGGGCCCCGGGGACGGCGCGCUCACAGGUCUGCUCCGUUUUGAGGUCCCCUCCCUCCAUGUGUCGCCGGACGCCGCCCUGUGCCGGGACCCGCCCGAGGCAGCGCAGAGACUCUCGGGGACGAGCCUGACCCCGCGGCAGGAGGAGGAGGAGGAAUCGGAGAGCACGGCCCUAUGA